GUGGUGUGCUUUCUUUGAUUCUAGCCACUCCUUAAAACACUUCAUCUACACAUGCAAUUGGAUCAACCCAUUCACAAAACCGUCAAGAGGAGAAAAAAAAAAGAAAAGGAAAAAGAAAUACCUUAUUUAUUUAAUGCAUGGAUACCUAAUAAUUCAUUUAUUUAAUAAUUUAUUUUAUUUCUCAAAAAAAAAUUUUGUUCAUGAAUUAUAUAUAUUUAUUGCUAACAUUUCCCUGAAAAACAAAUGCCUGAAAUUGAAAAAUUGAGAUAGGGUCCAGCUCCAACCCCGCCAUAAGCACGUCCAAAUCUUUGGGACCGUCGGGUUGUCAUUUCUGAGCUGUUUCCUCGAAAUGCAAUCAAAGCUUCCCUUCUUACUUUUAAACUAGUUGAAGUCGUCUUCUCAAAUUAUUGCUUUCUCGCUUUGCUCUGUUAAGAAAAGACUGAAGGGGGAAAAUUAUCGGUUAUUGCUCAUAGCCAAAAGUUUACCUGUUGUUUGCUCUCUCAAUGGAGUUUGUUAUUGCUAUCGUUAGCUCUAUUGUCGCUAAAGCUGUAGAGCUUACGAUCUCUCCUAUAAAAAACCACGUCAAAUACCUUUCCAAUCAUCAGCAAUAUGUUGAGACCCUCAAGAACCGAGCUGAGAGGCUGAAAGAUGCAAGGGACGGACUGCAGCAUUCUGUUGAUGCAGCUAAACGAAACGGUGAAGAGAUCGAAGGUGAUGUUGGCAAAUGGCUGUCUGCAGUCGACAAAAAGAUCCCUGAACUAGCAGAGAAAGUGAUGCAAGAUGAAGAAAAAGCAAAGAAAAAGUGUUUCAUUGGUUUGUGUCCUAAUUUUUGGACUCGUUACAAGCUUAGCCUGAAAGCUGAAGAGGACGCAAAGGCUGUUGCCGAGCUACUUGAACAUGGCAAGUUUGGAAGGGUUUCAAAUCGUGCAGCUCCGCAAGGUAACGUGGUUCCACCAGUUAAAGGUUACCAGGAAUUCGAGUCAAGAACGUCGAUUUUGAUUGGAAUAAUGGAGGCACUAAAAGAUGAUAGCGUCAGCGUUAUUGGGGUGCAUGGUAUGGGUGGGAUUGGGAAAACAACGCUGGUCAAAGAAAUCGCUGGAAAGGUCGAGGGCAAGAUGUUUGAUUCGGUUGUCAUAGCAACCGUAACUCAAGCCAUGGAUAUUGAGAAGAUUCAGAACCAAAUUGCAGACUUCUUGGGCUUGAAAUUUGAGGAACAGAGUAUGGUUGGAAAGGCAUUUCGACUACGAGAAAGAAUGAAGGAGAAGAGGAUUUUGGUUGUGUUGGAUGAUAUUUGGGAAAAGUUAGAUAUUGAGGAAGUUGGGAUUCCUUUGGGAGAUGAACACAAGGGAUGCAAGUUGCUGUUAACUUCUAGAGAGCUCAAUGUUUUAUCAAAUGGGAUGGAUGCUCAGAAAACUUUUCCCAUUGGGUUUUUAAAUGAAAAGGAAGCCUGGGGCCUGUUCAAGAAGAAGGCUGGUGAUUGUGUUGAAAGUUGCGAUUUGAAGCCUACAGCUAUGGAGGUAGCCAAAAAAUGUGCAGGACUGCCGAUAGCCAUUGAGACAGUUGCAGGGGCUUUGAGAAACAAAAGGUUGUUUGAAUGGAAGAAUGCUUUACGAGAACUAGAGAGGCCUUCGUCAAGCAAAUUCACGGGGAUAGCUGCGGUACAUUCGGCUAUAGAGUGGAGUUUUAAUUAUUUAGAAAGCGAGGAAGUUAAGCUGACGUUCUUGCUUUGCAGUGUAAUAGGCCAUAAUGGUUUCGUUGAGGACUUGGUAAGAUAUACUCUAGGUUUGGGUUUAUUUGAUGGUGUCUACACUAUGGAAGAAGCUAGAAAUAAAGUAUUGACGGUUGUGGCUAAUCUCAAAGCGUCUGCCUUGUUGCUUGAUAGUUAUAAUGAUAAGCGCUUUGAUAUCCAUGAUGUUGUUUGGGAUGCUGCUUUAGCUAUUGCAUCGAAGGCCUACCGUAUGCUUGUUUUGAGAGAUCAUGAUUCAAAGGAGUGGUCCGGUAAGUUGAAAAUGAAGAGCUGGAGUGUGAUCAGCUUACGUUGUCCUCAGAUUAUAGCUAACCUUCCUAAGGAGAUGGAGUGUUCAGGACUUUCCUUUUUCCAUAUGGCCUAUGAUGGCGCGGUUAAAAUUUCUCCCAAUUUCUUCAAACAAACCGAAGGCCUCAAAGUCUUAGAUUUGGUCGGAAUGCAGUUUCCAUCCCUGCCUGAAUCAAUCACUCACCUCACAGACCUUCGCAUGUUGUGUCUAAAACGAUGUGCAGUUGAUAACAUAACUAUGCUUGGAGAGCUCAAGAAUUUAGAAAUCCUUGACCUUGCUAAGUCAGGUAUCAAAGAACUACCUAAGGAGAUGGCACAAUUGACUCAAUUAAGGUUGUUAGAUUUGAGUUGGUGUAGAGAACUCAAAAUCAUCCCACCGAAUGUGUUAUCAGGUUUGUCUAAAUUAAAAGAAUUAUAUAUGGGUGAAAGCUUUGUUGAAUGGGAAAAGGGAGGAGUAGUUGAAAAUAAGAGGAAAAAUGCAAGCCUUGAUGAAUUAAACAAUUUGCCUUGUCUAACUACUUUAUAUGUUCGUAUUCUUGAUGUCCAAAUGAUACCAAAGCACCGGUUUGUUGAGAAAUUAGACAGAUUCAUGAUUUUCGUAGGUAAUUAUGGAAAUUAUAAUUGUUGCUAUAAUUAUGAAUCUCUGAAAGCAUUGAAGCUCAUGUUUUAUACAAACAUUGAUUUGGACAAUGGGAUGAAAAUGUUGUUGAUAAAGACACAAGAUUUGUGCCUAGAGAGACUUGAAGAGGUCAAGAAUGUACUUGUGGAGUUAAAUAAUGGGAAAGAUCUUCCGCAUUUAAAGAGACUUCAUGUCAAAAAUGGUAUGCAUGUCCAAUAUAUUAAAACGAACAAAAUUGGAUUUUCUGAAUUAUGCUUCAUCACACUUGAAAAUUUACCGCAACUCGUUAGCUUUUGCUCUCCAGACGAAAGGUGUUCCACUAAGCCCUUGCUACUUUUCAAUAAACAGACAUGUCAUUGGAUUACGAAUUUGAGGAGCUUGAUCAUCAAAGGAUGCGGUAAGUUGGAGCAUCUGUUAUCACCCUCUCUCGCUGGAAGUCUGGUGCAGCUCCAAUGCUUUAAGAUAGAGGAUUGCGAUGCGUUAAGGGACAUAAUACUUGCGGAGGAAAUUGAAGAAGAAAGGAAAGAUGUGAUUUGUUUCCAUCAAUUAAACUCCCUGUAUAUAGAAGGUCUUUCAAACCUCAUCUUCUUCAGCUCAGGAAACCAGAAUAUCGAGUUCCCAUUGUUGAAACAGCUAACAAUUCAGCGUUGCCCCAAGUUAAUAGGAUUCGUUAGUCAGAGUAGUAAUCAGUCCGGCAUGCACGCUCUCUUCAGUGAGAAGGUUGCAGUUCCUAGCUUGGAAGACAUGAAUAUCUCUGGGUUGAGUAAUUUGAAGAUGAUAUUUUAUAAUGACCUAGCACCAGGUUCCUUUCAAAAUCUACGAAAAAUAAGUCUGCGGUGGUGUGGGAGCCUGAAAAAUCUAUUUCCAGUUUCAAUAGCCAAAGAUCUUCCACAACUUGAAGAAAUACGCAUCAUAGAUUGUGGAGUGGAAGAUAUUGUAUCGAAAGGGGAAGGAGUGGACAUAAUACUUGCAGAGGAAAUUGAAGAAGAAACGAAAGAUGUGAUUUGUUUCCAUCGAUUAAACUCCCUGUAUAUAGAAGGUCUUUCAAACCUCAUCUUCUUCAGCUCAGGAAACCAGAAUAUCGAGUUCCCAUUGUUGAAACAGCUAACGAUUAAGCGUUGCCCCAAGUUAAUAGGAUUCAUUAGUCAGAGUAGUAAUCAGUCCGGCAUGCACGCUCUCUUCAGUGAGAAGGUUGCAGUUCCUAGCUUGGAAGACAUGAAUAUCUCUGAGUUGAAUUUGAAGAUGAUAUUUUAUAAUGACCUAGCACCAGGUUCCUUUCAAAAUCUACGAAAAAUAAGUCUGUGCUGGUGUUGGAGCCUGAAAAAUCUAUUUCCAGUUUCAAUAGCCAAAGAUCUUCCACAGCUUGAAGAAAUAUGCAUCAGAGGUUGUGGAGUAGAAGAUAUUGUAUUGAAAGGGGAAGGAGUGGUGGAGCAGCCUGUGAGGUUUGAGUUUCCGCAAGUGUCUUACCUUGAGGUUAAACGGGUAGAAAAGCUCAAAUGUUUCUAUGAAGGGCAACAUACAAUAGUCUGGCCGAUGUUGAAAAAAUUGAAAACAGAAGGUUCUGUUUUGCUAAAGAUGGUGGCUUCGGAACAUCUCCGAUUAGUCCAAGGAAAUGAGCAGCCAGUUUUGUUGGUUGAAGAGGUCUUUCCCAAAUUAGAGGAACUUGAGUUACAAAAUUUUGGUGAUAUGGACCAAUUUCCACCAGACUUGUUUCAACAUAUUAAAGUUCUUGCAGUGUGUUUUGGCUCUGGAUUUUCUUUAUUUCCUUUCGUCCGAAGAUUCUACAAUCUGGAAGGACUUGAGUUUUCUAAUUUUGAUUUCAAACAUAUAGUCCAUUUUAAAGGAGACGCCGGGACUCUCCCACCAAUUAGAAAUCUGAAAUUGUUUAGUGCCAGAAAUCUUAUUUGGAGGAAAGAUUCGGAUCUUCACCAUAUUCUUUCUAAUCUUCAAACACUCACAGUUCAGAAUUGUGAUGAUUGGAUAAAUAUUAGAGUCUUCUCCUCAUCUUUACAAAAUCUCACAAUUUUGGAUGUGUCACGUUGUGAAAUGAUGACAAACUUAGUUACAACCUCAGUACUUAAGAAUCUUGUGCAAUUAACGACAAUAAAGGUAAACAAGUGCACUAAAAUGACAGAAAUAGUGGGAAACGAGGGAGACUGUCAUCAGACAAUAGUUGUUAGUAAAUUGAAAUGUUUACAACUAUGGAAUUUGGAGAGCCUCACAAGCUUUUGCCCAGGGUAUUACAACUUCGAGUUUCCUUGUUUGGAAGAAUUAGUUAUGGAAUAUUGUCCUAGGUUAAAGAUCUUUUCUGACGGAGUUUUAAGCACUCCACAAUUACAGAGAAUAAAACACCUUGGGAAAUGGAGUUGGACAAGUGACCUUAAUACCACCAUACAACAGCUCUACACAAAAAAGGGUGGAUGCCAUAACCGAUAUGGUAAUUUCAACAUCUCUGACACAUUUCCGGAGUCGAUAGAAAUAUGGACUAGGAACCCUCAAGAAAUGUUGGGCUUCAAAAACUUUACCAACAUGCAGUUUUAUAAAUGUAGAAGCUUGAAGUACAUAUUUACUCCGUCUAUACUUUUUAGCCUCAAUCUACUACAAAGGAUAGAAGUGAAAGAAUGCAGUUCAAUGGAACAAGUAGUUAGGGAGGAGGAGGAAGCAAUGACACAUAAAUUUACAUUUCUUUCGCUACUCUACGUAACAAUUGAGUUGUGUUCCAACUUGACAAAUUUCCAUUUGGGAAGUCAAGCUCUUGAAUUUCCAUGUUUGAGUGACAUCACAAUAAAAGAGUGUCCAAAAAUGACUGCAUUUUCUUCCUCAGUUUCAAAAGAGAGUGGUGAUGCAAGUGAAAACGUGGUUGAUGAAGGAAGCACCAAUGAUAACAAUGCAGCUUUUUUCAGCAAUAAGGUUGUCAUUCCUAGUUUGAAGCAUCUGGAUUUGUCCUCCAUUAACAUUCAUAAGAUAUGGCACCACUCAUCCUCCCCAUCUAUCGAAUACCUAAGGUCCUUGCACGUGACGAGUUGUCACAAUUUGAAAUACCUGCUCCCGUCUUUCUUAGUAAAAGACCUUGUGCAACUCAAAUUCCUUAGAAUUGUGGACUGUAAUAUGAUGGAACAAGUAAUAUUCAAGGAUGGAUUGGAUGAGGAACAUCAAGGGAGGAAUCAGAUGUUUUUCUCACAAGUUUGUGCUUUGAAAAUUACUUUGAAUUCCAAUUUUUGACAGAUUUAGAACUAACAAAUUGUCCAUUGCUAAAAACAUUCAUCACUAAAUGUGUAUCCGAAGAUGAACCUGAAAUUGGCCAACAUUUACAAGCAAGUAACUUGGAGGUUCAUAACUCAUCUCUCCUCAAUGAGAAGGUUGUUUUCCCUAGUUUGGAGAAGUUGCGGAUUCAGAAUUGUGAUUCGUUAGAACAAAUUAUUGAGCUGCAAGGACUCAUUGCUGAUGAGUCACAGUCAACAUCAGCUGCUCAAUCUAUUAUGGCUGAAACAGAGACGACCAAGUUUGUAUUUCCCAAACUAACAAACCUCAAAUUGGAUAAGGUGCCGAGAUUGAAAAGUUUCUACUCUAGGAUGCAUACCACCCAGUGGCCUUCAUUGAAAAGGAUGGACAUUAUUGAAUGCCCCAAAGUACAUAUAUUUACUCCACAAUGUCGUGAGAGUCAGGUUGGAAUCUCAAACCAACAACCCUUGUUUUGCGUCAAUGAGGACACUUUCCCUGUAUUAGAAAAACUAACACUGAAGACGAAUGAUAUGGUGAAGGGGAUAUGUAAUGGACAGCUCUCAUUGCAGUGUUUCCAAAACCUUAAACUUCUUAACCUCCAAUUCUUUCCUGAGGCAUCCACUACUCUUCCAUAUUCAUUCAUUUGGUCACUACCAAUGCUUCAUAAGCUUGUUAUAGACAAUGCUUCCAUUUGUCAAAUAGUACAAUCUGAAGGACUCGGCGACGACGAAAGGCAUACAUCAGCGUUCUAUCAGCUAAAGGAAUUAAGUUUGUCUCAACUUCCAGAGUUGACGUUAAAGACUUUUGAACCAUCUUUGCUGUCUUUCAAAAAUCUAACAACACUGAAAAUUUCAAGAUGCCAUGGGUUCAUCAAUUUAAUCGCAUGCUCAACAGCUAAGUGCCUGACGCUACUGGAAAGAUUGAGAAUAAAUGAUUGUGAGAUGAUAGAAGAAAUCAUAGCUUGUGAGGUGAAGAAAUACAAGGCGACAUUGUAUUUCCCAAAUCAAGUAUUUGCAACUAAGUUGUCCGCCAUGUCUAGCAAGCUUUUCCUUGGCCUAUCACUCGUUGGAAUUCCAGUCUUGCUAAUUGUGGUGGUGACAAAGUGCCCCAAAUAAGGAAUUUCGCCAAGGAGAUUUAAGCACACCAAGGUGGAACAAAUGCACUUAACAAGAGAUGAGGAAGGUGAACUGCAGUGGGAAGGCGACCUUAACACUACCAUAAAACAUAUGUUCGAUGAAAUGGUACAAAUCAUUUAAAGGAUUUAAAUUCAUGUGUUUUACAUACAUACAUACAUAGUUAAUUGAACAAUUCUUGGUUUGUUAUGAUCAUGCAUGAAUGUGCAAAAUUCGAGUGAAGGAGGUUACCGAUCGGUUGCCCAAGCCGGAAUAAUGUUGAGCAUUGGUCCGCAAUGCAACAUGUGACCGAUAGCUCACCAAGUGACUUGCAUUAGAGCGAACCGAGAGCAAGCAGAACUUGGUCCAUUUUGAUUUAUUUUGUUCAAAUGUAACUUGUACUUAAAGUCAAUAGGAUUAGAACUUGAUUUGAAAUUGAUGUAGAAGGUGAUAUGCCAGCUUUCUUUUGUGUGUAAUUCAAGUUUGUAUUUGAUAUAUUAGUGGGAGUAGUUAUGUUAGUAGGUAACUUACUCAUUUUACUUUGUAUCCUAUAUAUAUUUUGAAUCAAUUACAAUGAAGUAAGUUCUUUUCUUCAAGA